GGGGGAAUUAAUUGCCGCAGAUAGCAGGUUUUUAUUUGAGUUCCGCACAGACCCGAACAGAACCGAAGUCCCACCACAAAGUCUGCGACUUCAAAGACUUCGAAAGUCGCUCGAAACACUGUUAAGGAAUGGCCAGAAAUCUGGGGUUUCUGGUUGUGAUUCUGUUUCUCUCACUAUCCCUAUGCGAAGCCGCGAUCUUUCGACCUACAACGGAUAGUCAUCGGUCAGCUGCUUUAGAGCUUUUCACAGCGGUCGAUGGAUCUCACAGAAGCUUGGAAGAGGCAUAUGAAGCACUAAGAACAUUUCAGGUUCUUGGCAUAAAAAUGGCUGCUGAUACAAAUAAAGAAACAUGCUCAAUUGUUGUAGAAAAACUUGGGCAAUCAUCUUCAAGUCCAAAGGAUAUGUUUUAUGCCUUAAGAGUUAAUAGUAUCUUGCAGUGCAAUAUUAAUGUGGAUAAUUUUGAGGUUAUGGCUUCAAAACUUCAAGCAGUUGUGAAGGAUGCAAAUUCGUUAGUUGACCUUUAUUAUUCAAUUGGAAGCUUGGCUCUUAUUAAGGCUGAGGACUCUGGAAGCAAUGUACAUCUUGGGGAUGCAGAUGGAAUUUUUCAUUCUAUUAAGGCCCUCAGCCAGAGUGAUGGAAGAUGGCGAUAUAGCUCUAGUGGUGCUGAGUCUAGUACUUAUGCUGCUGGGUUAGCACUUGAAGCACUUGCUGGAGUUGUCUUGCUAGCUUCGUCUGAAGUUGAUCAAUCCAUGAUCGGUACAGUGAAAAAUGACAUAGUAAAGCUUUUUGACAGUCUUGAGAGAUACGAUGAUGGUGCCUUCUACUUUGAUGAGAAACUUGAGCAUCAAGGCCCUCUUUCGGCCACUGCAUCGGUAGUACGUGGCAUAACAGCAUUUGCAGCCGUUACAUCUGGAAGCCUGAAUCUUCCAGGUGAUAAAAUCGUGGGUUUGGCCAACUUUUUCCUUGGAAUUGGAGUUCCUGGCACUGCCAAAGACUUAUUUGACCAGAUAGAUUCGUUGGCUUGCUUAGAGAACAAUAGGUUUUUCAUUCCACUGAUUUUUUCACUCCCAGCUUCUGUGCAUUCCUUGACUACGAAAGACCUACUAAAGGUUAGAGUGAACACUGUUCUAGGAUCCAAUUCACCUCCGUUAACAGUGAAACUUGUGAAAGCUUUCAGUUCUGGUUCAAAAGAUACUCCCAUAAUUGAGAAUAAGGAACUCAAAUUUGACCCAGAAAGCUCAAUUCAUUCCUUGGAUGUCCUGCCAAAGACUGUUGAUAUUGGGAAGUAUAUAUUCGUGUUUGAGGUUGUGCUUCAUGAUCCUGAGCACAAGAAAAUUUAUGCUACUGGAGGCCAGUCUCAAGUGACGGUGUUUUUCACUGGAGUCAUCAACAUUAACAAAGCAGAAAUUAUGGUGCUGGAUAGUGACCUUGGAAGUAUUGAGACCAAACAAAAACUGGAUUUAUCAGGGGAAACCAGUGUGUCACUGUCAGCAAACCAUCUGCAGAAGUUGCGGUUGUCCUUUCAGUUGACGACUCCUCUUGGCCACGUUUUUAAGCCACAUCAGGUGUUCCUUCAGUUGAGACAUGAAACCAAAGUUGAGCAUAUCUUUGUGGUGGGGAAUUCUGGAAAACAGUUUGAGAUAGUACUAGAUUUCCUCAGUUUAGUCGAGAAGUUCUACUAUCUCUCUGGAAGAUAUGACAUUCAACUUACUGUUGGUGAUGCUGCCAUGGAAAACUCAUUCUUGAAGGAUUUGGGCAAUAUUGAGUUAGAUCUACCAGAGCCACCAGAAAAGGCAACACGCCCUCCUCCACAAUCUGUUGAUCCCUACUCAAGAUAUGGAUCCAAACAGGAAAUAACCCAUAUCUUCAGGGUACCAGAGAAACUUCCGCCCAAGGAGCUUGCUCUUGUCUUCUCGGGUCUUACGCUUCUACCAUUCAUUGGUUUCUUAAUUGGGUUAUUAUGUUUCAGAGUGAACUUAAAGAACUUCCCUACUUCAGCCGUACCGGCUACAUUUGCUGCCCUCUUCCAUGUUGGCAUUGCAUCUGUUCUUUUGCUUUACCUGCUUUUCUGGUUGAAGUUGGAUUUGUUCACGACACUGAAGGCCCUUGGGUUCUUGGGAGCUUUUCUGUUAUUUGUCGGACACAGGGCAUUAUCUCACCAUGCCUCAGCAUCGGCAAAGCUGAAAUCCUCCUAGUGAGGGAGUUCACUCUUAAGAUCACUUUUGAUUCAAUUUUGUAUUAUUAGGAACUGAUGAGAUGAUUUAUCUUUAAAGAUUAUUUUGGUAGAAGUAAAGAGGCUUCACAACAAAGAUACAAUUUGUUUAUCAGGAGGCUUCUUUGUCUCUCUCUCGCUUCACAUAGUUGUUUAUCAGGAU